AUGGUGCCCAGUGUGAUAAUAGCGACCAUCGUGCGCCUUGUAUUCCUGCGCAGUGCCCCUAAUUCCACUGAUAUGACAUAUUCUGCCUUCGAAACCAGGAUCACCACGCAAUGUGUGCUGUGUGUCAGCCUUAUUACCGCAUGUAUUCCAUGCUUGAAGCCAUUCCUGGACGCAUUUGACAGCGGAAUGCUCGGCGUCGGCCUGCGCAAACGCAAGGGCGGGACUCAGAGUGACUCUUAUGGCAACUCAUAUGCGUUGGCGAGUAUGAGCCGUGGGGCAAAGGAGGCCACAACGCACUCUCGAUACAUAGAAGAUGAGAUCGAGGAACUUGGAACAUCCGCUGCUGCCUUUGCAGUUACCUCUCCUGCAAAGCCACAACAACUAGGAGAGACAAGCCACUCGACAGGAAUUCAAAGAACGGAUCAGUGGAGCGUGAGGUGCGAGUAUGUCGAUUCGAAGCCUGGGUCGUUUGGGGAGGGACUGGAAGAGUCGGAGACAUACGGUAGCCGAGUUGAGCAUUCACUGUGA